AUGAAUGGUGUUAGUUAUAAGGUUAUAGCAACUGAGUUUGAAAAGCCUAUUACUGAUGAUAGAAAUUAUAGGUAUAUCGAGCUUCCUAAUAAAUUGAGGGCUAUGUUGAUCCAAGAUACGGAAAUUGACAUGGCAGCGGCUGCUUUGAAUGUCAAUGUAGGUUCAUUUGAUGAUCCCAAUGAUUUAUACGGCUUGGCGCAUUUUUGCGAGCAUUUGUUAUUCAUGGGUAAUAAGAAGUACCCUGAUGAAAAUGCCUAUAGUAGCUUUUUAUUUCAGCAUGGAGGCAUAUGCAAUGCGUACACGGGUUUUGAACAGACGAAUUAUUUCUUUCAAGUUGAAUAUGAUGCUCUUUAUGACGUUUUAGACAGGUUUUCUGGCUUUUUUACGUCUUCAUUGUUUAGUGAAUCUUCAACCGACAAGGAGGUGAAUGCGGUGGAUAGUGAAAAUAAGAAGAAUCUGCAGGAUGAUAUGUGGCGGUUAUUUGAGCUUAACAAGAGCUUAUCAAACCAUGAGCAUCCCUUCCAUAAAUUUGCCACAGGAAAUCUUGAGACUUUACGCGAUGGGCCUAAAUCUAGAGGAUUGAAUAUUAGGGAAGAACUUCUGAAAUUUUACGAAGCAACGUACUCGGCCAAUGUUAUGAGGUUAGUAAUUAUCGGUAGAGAAGACCUGGAUACACUAUCAAAGUGGACAUGUGAAUUGUUUGGAGAGGUCAAAAACCGUGAACGUGUGAAGCCUGAGUACGGCGUUCCGAUUUUGAAGCCUGAGCAGCUUGCCAAAGUUAUUAAGGUUAAACCAAUUAAGGACUUAAAAAAGUUAGAUAUUUUGUUCCCUCUUCCAGACAUGGACGAGUAUUGGGAGUAUCAGCCACACAAUUAUAUUACUCACUUAGUUGGUGAUGAAGGUCAGCACUCAUUGUUGAUGUACUUGAAAUCCAAGGGCUGGGCAACAGAGUUAUCCGCAUCUGCGUACACAACGUGCAAAGGCAGUGGUAUUUUUUCCGUUAACGUCAAGUUGACCGAUGAAGGAGUUGAGAAGUAUGAGGAUGUCGUUUAUACGGUAUUCCAGUACAUUGACAUGCUCAAGAAAUCUUUACCACAAGAAUGGAUUUUCAACGAGUUGCAGAAGUUGCGCGGGCUAAACUUUAAAUUUAAGCAAAAAGAAGUAGCAGCAUCAGUUGUGCACUCUCUUGCUGCAGCAUUGCAGAAGGACUCUCCACCAGAGGUUGCCAUGAACUUAUACCAAUUCAGGAAAUAUGAUCCCAAAUUGAUCAUGGAUUGCUUGUCAUAUUUGAAUCCUAAAAACUCAAGAUUCAGACUUAUUUCGAAAUCUGUGGAGACAAACCUCACAGAAAAAUGGUACGGUACCGAGUAUUCAAUAGACGACUAUUCACCUGAGUUCAUCGCGAAAUUGAGUGCUCCGGAGCCAAAUCCUGCCUUAAAGCUUCCCUUACCUAAUGAGUUUAUUGCAACCAACUUUGAAGUAGAAAAGAUUGAUACAGCGACGCCUUUAGAAGAGCCAAUUUUGUUGGCAGAAGAUUGUAACUCUAAGUUGUGGUACAAGAAAGACGACAUAUUCUGGGUUCCAAAGGGUCAUUUGUAUGUGUUGCUAAAAUUACCAGAGACUAACUCUACCAUUGUGAAAUCUAUGUUAUGUUCUUUAUACGUGAGUCUAGUUAAGCACUCAUUAACUUCGAUCAUUUAUGAUGCUGAAUCUGCUGGGUUGGGUUUAACUUUCAACAAAGCUUACGACGGUAUUGAAUUAAAGAUAGCUGGUUAUAACGAAAAGUUUCCGAUAUUAUUGAACAGAUUCCUAACUGGGGUGAUAAACUUUAAACCUUCGGAGGUUGAUUUUGAAAUCAUCAAAGAACAAGUUGUGCAAAAGCUUCAUAAUUCGCUAUUUGAUGCGCCUUAUCUCCAAAUGAGGGAGCUUGCUAGCUCCUUGGUAAGCGAAAGGUCUUGGCUACCUGAACAAAAGCUUGAAGUGCUCAAACAACUAACUUACAAGCAGUUCUUGUACUUUUUACCUACUCUUUACAGUCAGCUGUAUUAUGAAAUGUUGGUUCAUGGAAACUUUAGUAGGGACGAUGCGUUGGUCCUAAAGAAAGAGAUUGAUCGUCUCCUUGUUGAUGGAGUCAAUAUCGCUGAUCUUAAGGGCAGUCGUUUACGGUCUUACAUCCUCCCAGAGGGUACGCACUGGCGGUAUGAGUCUCCUUUGCGUGAUGCCGAUAAUCUGAACUCGUGCAUAAGAAAAACAUUCCAAUUCGGCACAUAUUCCGAACACUUGUUUGCAGUAGUUUCCCUAAUCGAUCAAAUAUUAUUUGAGCCAAGCUUCAACUUUUUGAGGACCAAGGAACAAUUAGGUUAUAUCGUUGGCACCGCCGGCAACAAAACAAAUGGUACUGUGGAACUUGUCCUUCUUGUACAAUCCGAAUACCCUCCACCUUAUGUUGAGUCUAAAAUUGAUACCUCCCUAAAGUCCUUUUACCAACUUCUAAUUGAUAUGUCCGACGAUGACUACGAGAAGCACAGAAAAGCAUUGUGCAGCAAACUCCUACAGAAGUACAACAACUUAAAGGAGGAAAACACAAACUACACGAACAGCAUUUCUGCCGGUGACUACAACUUCAGAUCCAAAAAACGUACUGCUGAAAUCGUUAGCAAAUUAUCCAAGCAGGAGAUUGCAGACUUCUUCAAGGCGAAAGUUUUGUCUGAGGAGUCAGCAGCUCUAACCGUGUAUAUCCAGUCCACUAACGAUAAUCCAGCUAAGAAAAACAAGGCCGAAGGAUACCCAACUGGUAAACUAAUCACAGAUGUCGGUAACUUCAAAAAUGAGCUAUAUCUAGCUCCUGUAAGAGCUCCGGUCAAAAUUUUUACGCCGGCCAACAACUAA